AUGUGCCGUGUCCUUAAAAUCUUUUUUUCAACUAUACGUUUUUUGUCCGAAAUUGCACAUGUACAUUCCAAAUUUACUCUCACAAAAUGGUCUUUGUCUAUCUCCUCUUUGUCAGCCGCCGGUCUCGGAAACUGGUUAUCCGAUCUCUGUGGGAUUGGAACUGCCAGCUACGUGGAACGUUUUGCAACCAGCUUGGGUUUUGUUAUUCCUCCUGUAACUGCCGACCAAAUGAAUUCCCGUUCCAUGCGCUGGGCAACUGCACUCGGUCGGGCGUGUGGUAUCACCCUCGGAUGUUUCCUAGGCAUGUUGCCCCUAUUGUGGUUCAAAUGUGAGGACAAAGAUGCGAACAAAGCGGAUAGCUCCAGAUAGAAUGGAGGACCAUUCCGAGUGCUACAGUGUCUUUCACACCAACACAGCUGGUGCUCCACUUCUGCCCCCUAUCUCCGAUGGACCUCAAAAUAUACAAUCAUUUGUACAGCACUUUGCCUUUGCCUUUUUGCCGUACAUACUGAUAGCUUCCUUGCUGAUUCUGAUUUUCACGCCCUCCAGCCUAUAUGUUUGAACAAUCUCACCUUUGUGAGUGUUCAGCACUUCGCUUGGUCCAAUGACAUUGUAUUCUACUUGCAACUCUCCAACAACACUUUUAUGCAUUGUUUCGAGCGUAACCAACCUGUUGCACCUUUGUAGAGCGAAAAUAAUUGCACGUCCCCAUUGUAUAUCACGACUUUAUACUCUGGAAUAUUCACUUUGGUUCCGACACAAAUAUAUACAUAUACUUCAGCA